CAAAAUUCUAUUUGUACAAUAUAAAACGGCUGAAGUUGCAACUUAAUGAACAGUUGAAUGUGCCAUUUCAUUCUUUCACUUCCACGUCUUACUUUUGUGGUUGUUGCAAUCAUAGUCGAUUGUUGUUGAUAAGGACCCGCAACUCAGGUGAUCAAUAGAAUUGAGCUGGCUUGAAAAUCCCGGAUAUAUUGAAUAAUUUAGAAACCAUCAAGCAAGGAUCAAAAUUUAAUUGCUCUUUCACCACUUCCUAAAUUCUGUAAAAAAAAUUUGAGUUUUAUUGUUUCCUCCCACUUUUCCUUGCAAAUGCAAUCAAUUAUGGCCAAAUUACAAAAUUUUGUACUAUCAGUCGCAAUCAUGGGUACUAUCAUGUCAUCUGUAACUGCUGCUAGUCCUUAUCCUAUGGAGGAGCUGAUAAAAUCCAGUGAUUUGAGCAAUCAACAAAUUUAUGAAUUUAAUGAAAAUAGAGUAGAAGAGAUAAAUAGAAGUAAAAGAGGUGUUGCAGGGGCCGCAGCAGCUACCGUGGGGGUAGCUUCUGGUGUGGUUGGAUUGAUAGAUUCUUAUAAAAAUAAUGGUAUAGUGAAAGAUAUCGUCCACGCGUACCCUAAUGCUGUGGAUAACUACAAUAAACUGGGACAGCGCUAUUGUAACGGUGGUUAUUAUAAUCCGAACACUAUGCAAUGUGUUUAGAAUAUAACAAAACGGUAAAGAAAUCAUGUUUUUUUUAAAUAAUUAUUGAGAAAAAUUUUAUAAUCGCUUCUAGUUAACUUUUUUACUAAUAAGCAUUUAUGUAAUUAUUAAUAAGGAUUUGGAAAUAAAAAAUCUUACUCCAA